GUAAGAGUAUCCCUUUGGCUGGUGAGAUAUUUCUUGUCUUCUUUCGACGUCGGUGUCGGACAUAAAUAUCUUCCGAUAUUAAUAUACCCACCACUACCAGUGUUGUUGCACUGCGACGCGUUAUUAGAAAAAACUCACAGCACAGCACAGAACCUUCUCCUCGCGACCACCGCCAAUGUCCACCGCCUCAUCCGCCGCCCCCGCCCCCGGCACCCUAUCAACCCCGCUACUGGACGCACAAGGCCCAAAUAUCCUCCACGAGAUCUCCGAACAAGGCGGCUACGCCUACGUCGGCAUGUCAACCCUCGCCGCCGCCGGAGACCUCCGCGCGGCGGAGGCGGCUCGCGAGGUGGCGUGGGAGCAGCUCCACUCCGGCCCCUGGCACUCCGUGCUCCCAAUCUGGAGGGACGCCUACUCGAUGGCGUGCCUCCGCGUGGCCGGGUUCAGUUACGCCGCCGGCGAGUUUAGUGAGGCCAUUAGGGUCCUGGACAUGGGACUGAUUAUGGGAGGGUUGGCUCUGAGGAAGGAUUUGGAGUCGGCGAUCGACAAGGCGACGGCCAAGGCGACCGCGGUUACGGUUUCCGACCAAGGGGCGGAAGCAAAAUGUCGGGUUGUUCCUCGAGAAUUUAACGACGCGGAGGUGCUUCCGGCUUUGCCCAUGAAUUCACUGUCUUCUAACAUUGUUAGCAAACGAUCUGCUUUAUCCAUGGAGGAAUUCCUGUGUGACUAUUUCUUGUCAGGUUGUCCUGUUGUAAUCAGUGAAUGUAUGGCUCAUUGGCCAGCUAGGACAAAGUGGAAUGACAUGGAUUACCUUAAAAGGAUUGCUGGUUAUCGCACUGUUCCAGUUGAGGUUGGGAGGAACUAUUUAUGCUCAGAGUGGAAACAAGAACUAAUCACGUUUUCCCAGUUUCUUGAGAGGAUCCAGUCUAAUGACUGUAGUCCUGCUGGUCCAACAUAUUUAGCUCAGCAUCCAUUGUUUGAUCAGAUAGAAGAGCUACGAAAGGACAUACUUAUACCUGAUUACUGUUUUACUGGUGGCGGGGAGCUCAAAUCACUUAAUGCUUGGUUUGGUCCUGCUGGUACAGUAACACCAUUGCACCACGAUCCUCACCAUAAUAUACUUGCUCAGGUUGUUGGCAGAAAAUAUGUAAGGCUUUACCGUGCUACACUGUCAGAGGAACUUUACCCAUACAAUGAAUCCAUGCUCAAAAAUUCCAGCCAGGUUCAAAGUAAACACAAGGCCAUUUGGAUGAGUUCUUCUAUCACAAUUCUCUCCAUGGACUUCUCUACAUUUAGCCACUCGACCCUGGAUUUCUUCCUCCAUCGUGUUGAUCUGGACAGCAUGGAUGUGAACAAGUUUCCAAAGGUGCAUGACCUGGAAUUCAUGGACUGCAUUUUAGAGGAAGGUGAAAUGCUUUAUAUCCCUCCAAAAUGGUGGCAUUAUGUUCGAUCUCUUACAAAAAGUCUUUCUGUCAGCUUUUGGUGGAGUGACUCUGGAAGUUCAGAAGGGUCCUGAUUUUUUUGUUAACAAUCUUCUUGUUUCUCUCUAUUAAUGCUUUCAUCCCAGGCAAAAUUUGCUAGACAUUUUACAUAACAAUCUUAUACACACAGCCAGUAUGCUAUUAGUAAAAUUGCAAGAGAGUGUCGAAACGCAUAUUGGCAUUUUGGAUUUAUAAUUUUGCUUAUUCUAUUGGAGGAAGUUUUGACGAACA